AUGAAAACUGAUAGUUUAUUAACAUCAUCAUCUAAAUUAUCUUAUCGAGAAUUAAAUUCAAUUCUAAAUAAAUCAAUAACAACAUCAUUAACUGAUAUAUCAAGUCUUUCUACUCAACAAAUAACAUUGAAAGAAACAUGUUCUUGUUCAACAUGUACUUGUUCAAAUAGUUCAAUGACUUAUAAAAAAAAUAACAUUCAAUCUCAUUCUUUUAAAAAUAAUGAUGAUUGUUUAGCAUAUGCUUUUAUUAUUCUAUAUGAAAGUUCAAUAUGGUGUAUGCAAAUUAUUUAUGAACUAUUCUUUAAAUCUCUUUGGGAAAUUUUAAUGUAUGUCAAACAAGAAUUACAAUAUGAUUCAAGUUGUAAUCAAACUAGUAGUAGUUGUAUGGAUACGAUAUCUAUCAAUAAAUCAACUAUGGAAAAUUAUUCAUUGAUUUCUAAGAAUAAAAACUAUUCAGAUUUAUCAAGAUAUCAUUUGCCGUUAUUUGAAGCACAUAGUCAUCGAAGACACUGCCGAUUACGGAGAAGUAAUAGUAAAGAUAAGAGUAUGUUUUGGGAUAAACCUCGUCGUUCAUCAUCAAAUCAAAAUAUGAAUCAAGCAUCAACUGAACAAAAAGAUAGUUAUUCAAUUGAUACACAUCUUAUUGUUGUACCAAUUCGUUCAUCUCAUUGUCAAACGGAAAUAUCAAAAAACGAUUUACAAACAAUAAAUGCAGAUUUAAAUCCAUCAGAAAAAACAAUUAAUUUACAUGAACAAUUAACUGAUACAUUGUGUCGUCGUUUACAUGAACCAUUAAUGUUUAUGAAUCGUGAUAUGUUUUGUAGACAUAAUCGACCUUCAUUCUGUUCAACAGUAUCAUCGGAUCGAAAUCAAAAACUGUCAACGAUGAAUACCAUUAAUUUAUCUCCAACAACAAAUGGAUUUUUACUAUCAAAUACUCAUAAUGAAUCAUCUUUUCUUUCGAAUGUAACAGAUGUACAAUCAGAUAAAACAUUAUUUUCACAUAAUUCUCAACCCUUCUUGUUUGAUUUACAUCAAAGAAAACAAUCUCAUAAAAAAUUAAAAGAAAAUCGACAGAUAAUUAAUGAUCAUAGUAUACCAUUAGCACUUGCUUCAAGUCUUCAUUCAAAUUUAUCUUUGUUCAAUGAAGAUUAUUUUCUAACAAAAUAUGUUCAUCAAUUAUGCACUGACAAACAUUAUCGCCGAUAA